AUGCGUGUCUUCGUGCGCGAUGUUGUCGGCGACACUCGACUGGUGGAGUGCAGCCCUGACACCAAUGCCGGGGCACUGAAGGUCCAGGUCGCCGGGGCAGCCGCUGAGGAGCUCUCGCUCCUCUUUGGGGGCUCAUCGCUGUCGGAUGAAGUGCUGCUGUCCGAGUGCGGCGUCGAGGAGGAUUCGACACUCUUCCUGUCCGCCGAACUGUGCGGUGGUGGCAAGAAGCGCAAAAAGAAGACCUACACCAAGCCGAAGAAGAUCAAGCACAAGAGGAAGAAGGUGAAGCUCGCGGUGCUGAAGUUCUACAAGGUCGAUUCCAACGACAAGGUGACCCGUCUUCGCCGUGAGUGCCCUCACGAAACCUGCGGGCCUGGCGUCUUCAUGGCCAUGCACUUCAACCGCUACUACUGUGGCAAGUGCCACCUCACCUACCUGAUCAAGAAGGACCGGGGCUCAAGCUCAAGACACCGGGCACUUUGCUCCUUGGAACCAGGGAUCCGACUCGAAGGUUGUAGAGGAUCAAGAAGGUUCAGCUCCCAAAGAAAGUUGGGAUGCUCGGUGUUAAACGGUGUUUUUCUGUUUGAGAUCUUCGGUGUUAUUUGGUGCUCUGAACCUUUCAGCCUUUGA